AUGGCGUCUAAGAAGAAUGUGUACCAGUUUUUUGCACAAGAGUGUUCUUACUACUCUGGGAAGGUCCGGCCAUACUUACGUUACAAGAACAUCCCAUAUGAGACUGUUGCGCCGUCAAUUCAGGUCCACAUGGAAAUAAUAAUCCCCAGGGCAGGAUGGAGUGUUGUCCCUGUCAUCAUCACUCCUGAAGACAAGGUGGUUCAGGACACCACCGCAAUCAUAGAGUACCUGGAACAGAAACACCCCCAUCCUGCAGUGGUACCUCCCACCCCCAGACAGAACCUGGUGUCUCUACUGUUGGAGUUGUUUGCAGAUGAGUGGUUGUUGUUACCUGCCAUGCACUACAGGUGGUCCAAAACUGAGCACAAGAAGUAUGUGGACUUGAAUUUUGGCUUCAUUAUCAAGGAGAAUGCCUCACCCCUGGAGCAGAUGGAAAACUUGGAAGACUUUAAGGGUUACAGCUUCUUUAAGAACUCCAUCCGCUCCCUGGGAAUUAACAGUGACACCGUCGGAGAAGUGGAGCGGUCGUACCGGGAGUUUUUAUCAGAUUUCCAGCAGCACCUGAACAGGUAUCCCUACCUGCUGGGGUACCAGCCGUGUGUGGCAGACUUCGCCUUCUGUGGACCUCUGUAUGCACACCUGUACAGGGACCCUGUCCCAGGUUACCUGAUGAAGUGCCAGGCCCCCCUGGUGGCCAGCUAUGUGGAGAGGAUGAACGGAGCUCUGUUAAAUCCCUCUCAUGACGUCGUGGAUGGGAAGGCUGUGAAGAAGUCUGUAUCUCCAGAUAAACAGGGCUUCCUGCCAGGAGAUGAGAUCCCGGCUACCCUGGAUCCUAUACUCCACCGGAUGUUCACAGAACAGGUGCCAGUACUGCUGGACACGGUCAAGAAAGUCACUCAGUACAUGAAGGACAAUCCAGAAGUUGAUGUUCUCCCGCGCGUCAUUGGCUCACACAAUUUCCGCCUCGGUAAUGUCACCAGUCAGCGCGGGGUCUACACCUACCCCAUGUGGAUGCUGCAGCGAAUCACAGACUACUACAGAAGUCUGUCGCCACGGCAACAGGAGAUGAUUGACAGGUACCUGGACAGGUAUCCAGGAGGGCGUGAGCUGAUGAAGGUUGACAUGUCAGGGUGUAGGGUGGAGAGGCUGGAUGUCAGGAUCUGUCUGGAUCUGUUUGCGGAGCCCCGAGUCCUGCCCUGUCAGCACAGCUUCUGUACCGACUGUCUACAGAAGAUCGCAGCUCCCAAGGGGAACAAGCCCUUGAGACGAGGGAGGUCCAGGAAGACUCAGAACAAGACGGCAGAAAAAGCUCUGGAGUUCGAGUGUCCAACAUGCAAGGAGACGGUUUCCUUAAAGGAGCAUGUGAUCCAGUCUCUGCCCAGGAACUUUCACCUCCAGAACAUCACAGACAGCUUCCAGAAGAGUCGCAAGUCUGAGGGGAAGAGGAAACGGGAAGGCGAGAGUGGGAGUGAGAAGAAAAAGGCUCGGCCGCUCAUGUGUUCUGUGCACCAAGACCAGGUCCUGGAUGUGUACUGUGUGAGCUGUAAGAGACCUGUGUGUACAUCAUGUGUCCAGGAGGGAGACCAUAGAGGACACACUACAGGAGACAUACAUGCAGCAUACGACACAGCCAGGAAAACAGUGCGGGAGAGUCUGGUACUCCUGGAGGGCAGGAGUAAAAACAUGACCUGGAGUCUGGAGAAACUCAAACGUUCGGAGGAGAAAAUUAAACACUCAGCCAAGAGCCUGGAACAGUCCAUCAAGGACCAGUGCAGUAACUUGAAGAAAGCUGUGGACAAGCAGGAGCAGGCUCUCAUAGCACAGACAAAGGCAGCAAAGACAAGAUAUCUCCAGCGGCAGAAGGAGUUGCUAAGUGUGUAUAAGAACAAACACGAGGCCCUGACCAAGGAACUGGAACUGGCAAAACACCAUCUGGAGAACAAGCAACCAGUCAACUUCCUAAUGGAUGUUCAAGCUCUUCAACAAAAGCUGACAGAGCUGCAGAAGUCCCAGGAGACCUGUGACGUCCUGUUCCCGCACACGUCUCUGUCCAAGUGUGUGGACUUCAGACCAACCUUACAGACCCUACAGGGCAUGGAGCUCUCUCAUGAUUCGAGCAGUACAGAGCUGACUAUCCGAGCCUCCAUCAGUGUGGCAGACUUCAGGACAGGACCGGUGGGGAAGAGACGCUACAGCUCAGCUGUGGUCUGGCAGUCACUGGAAUGGAGACUUUUAAUAGAGAACAAGUUGUCUACAGUGAGUGGUGGACAGAAGAGAUUCCUGUCUGUGUUCCUGCAGUGUCUGGGUAGACCAGACAGCCAGGGUGCCUGGUUCUUGACUGUAGCAACACAGCUCCGCAUUCUUCCACAAGAAGCACAUGGUCAGAUGUACCAGAAAUGGUUGAGAAAUCGAUAUGAUGCCCAGCACGCUAACAAAGGAUGGUCAGAGUUCAUCGCACUAGAGGAGUUGGAGAAGCCGAACUGUGGACUUGUUAAUGACGGACGUGUCAUCUUGGAAGCCUUUGUCAAACUCUGAGUGAUCGUGAUGUCUUCCACUUGUGACUUAAGUUGUCCCACAUGACAAGAACGUCAUAGUUUAUUGACCGUUUCAGCACACUUAUUAUAAAAGCUUGGUAUAAAUUGAAGGAUGCACGGUUUGAAAUACUUUUUUU